GCUUUCUGUGCCGUGGGUCUUUUCUUCUUCGCAAACACGAGCAUCUUCAAUCUCAGCACGACGGCGAGGACGUGGGUGGCAUUGGAGUGGGCGAAGACCGAAAACAUGCAGCGACAGAUUUCCGGCAUGUUGGCAGCCGUCCUCAGUUUUGUCGGAUGUUGGCUCACUCAAAAGUGGUUCCUGGGAGUCAGCUGGCGGAAAAUUAUCUGCGCAACUGGUGUCUUGACAUCCCUGUUCGACUCCAUUCCUCAGUUCUGCACGAUUUUCGAUAUCAUCCGGAACCAGUACUUCUAUCUUGGUGAGCCUCUCACAGAGAACGUGCCGCAAGCCAUGGCAGCACUCGUCUCUACUUUCAUGAUCAACGAGCUUGCAGACGACAGCAACUGCGCAUUGGUGGCCGGUCUCAUGAGCCUUGGGAGCUCAGUGGUUCCCUUCAAAAG